AUGGCAGAUCAACUAGAGGAAUACAGAAAGCGUAUGCAACAGAGGUAUACAGGACAUAAUACAACUAAUGACGAAGAAGUGGCUAAAAAAUACCAAGAAGAAGAAAAUGCAAGGGCUAGACAAAGAUUAUUAGAAGAUGAAGAAAUCGCAAGGAAACUGCAAAAUCAAUAUAAUUCUCCUCCCCCUCAAAACCCACAGCCAUAUGUUCCCCCUCCUAUGCAGUCACAGAGUCCUUAUCAAGCUUAUCCAGCACAGCCCCCUCAAUAUUAUCCUCCGCCAAACCCUCAGCCAUAUCAGCCUCCUCAUGCAAAUUAUCCACCUCCAGGAAAUAAUAGAAGGCAACAAAGCCAGCAACCAGAAGCAAGGCCAGCAUCAAGCAGCACAGAUGGAUGCUUGCCGAGGGUGGAUGAUAAAUGUUGUGGAAUAAAUACUCAAGUAUUCAUUUUAGGACUGUCAGUAGCGAUGAUUGUUGGAAUUGUUGUAAGUCUUAUUGUGUUAUCUACUACUUAA